CUUACAGUGAACCGGGUGCAAGCAAUAAUAUCCCGCAUUUCAAAAGCAAUUUCUCACAUGCGAGAGAUAAUACUGUUGCGGAGGACCGUUCAUGUCCGAGUAGCGCGCGGGAAACAUUAUUAUUAUUAUUAUUAUUAUUAUUAUUGUUGUUGUUGUUAAUGUUGAUGAUAAUUAUUUCAUUUCGCUCGUUCGUUCUCCUCCUCGGAAACCCUAAUUCUUUAUUCGGACGAUUCCUCUCCUCAAAAUUCUCCUCGGAUCUGAUCCCGUGGAGUGGGGUUCGGAUCCAAAAAUCUCUCCUUUAUUCCCCUGCCCAGUUCCAACCAAAUCGAUCUUAUUAAGAAGAAGCCAACGUAGUAAUCCCCUCUCCCCUUCUCUUCUCUACGUCCGCCAUUUUGAAUCCACUCCGAGCUCCGACCACAACGAUGGCAUCGUAGGUAUCCAAAGAUCCCUAAUUCCCUCGCCCCGGAUAGCUACGGAUUGUCUCCUCGCUCAUGUUCUAUUAGAUCCGGGGUUUAUUCUUAUCCCCAUUAUUCUAAUGGCGGAUUUACCGAGCAUGGUAACUGGGAAUAACGGGGGGAAUAUCUCAAGCGCUCCGGUUACUCGCCGAGUGUCGGGCACCGCUUUGUCGUUUCUCGGUUGGAACAAGAUGGCAUCUUUAGGGUUUAAAUGCGGGGGUGAGAUCAGCGGGGUGGGCCGUGGAGGAACAGGCGAUACGUCACCUGGCCCGCUCGGAUCCCACCAUUUGGCGCCAAGCCCAGUUCAACAAGACCGGUUAUUUUACCGGAGACCUCACUUGGAGGACCAUGGAUCCAAGGAAAUCAAUAGAUGAUCAGUUCUUAAAGUUACAUCCCGGCUUUCCGGUGGAAACUAGAAUAGCCAUUGUCGGAGCAGGCCCGAGUGGUCUAUCAACUGCCUAUGCACUGGCUAAGUUAGGCUAUUGUAAUGUAACUGUGUUUGAGAAAUGCCGUACGGUCGCUGGCAUGUGCGAGUCCGUCGAUAUUGAAGGAAAAGUUUACGAUUUGGGUGGUCAAGUAAUUGCCGCAAACAGUGCCCCUGUCAUAACUCACCUAGCAAAGGAAGUAGGGGCAGAAUUCGAAGAGAUGGAUUCUCACAAGCUUGCUCUUAUUGAUAGCCACACCGGAAAUUAUAGAGACAUGGAGGUUGCUGAUGACUAUGUAUCUAUGAUCUCGCUCACUUUAAAACUACAGGAUGAGGCAAAUAAGUCUGGCCAAAUAGGGAUUCGUGCACUGAGCGAUGUUGCAUCUGAUUUAACACUCGACUUUCUGAAGCAACACGGCAUCAACUCUGUGCCUAAAUCGGUGUCCUAUGGUUAUACUGCUUCUGGGUAUGGGUUUGUUCAGGACAUGCCAUAUGCUUACAUUCAAGAAUUUACUAGAACUUCUAUGGCUGGGAAAAUCCGACGUUUCAAGGGCGGAUACACAAGCAUGUGGGAAAAACUUGGCCGAUCUUUACCGUUUGAAGUCCUUUGCAAUACAGAGGUAUUAAAGGUCAAGCGUGAUAACUUUGGUGCUUGUUUAGUUGUCAAGAAUGCCGAUGGUGAAGAGAAAGUUUUGGAAUUCGAUAAAAUUAUUUUGUCUGGUGCUAUUGCUUUCAGGAACGGAAACACCUAUAGAUCUUCAACAUUAACCGCUGAGAAUGGUGCAGUGGUGGAGUUAAAUGAACUGGAAAAGGAGCUAUUCAGUAAGGUGCGGACUAUAGACUACUACACGACUGUUGCUACGAUCAAAGGAUUAGAGCAUAUGCCUAUGGGCUUUUAUUACUUUGGGGAGUUCAUGGAAGAUCCUUCCACAAUUGGGUAUCCUGUGGCAAUGCAGAAGUUUUUCGCUGACACAGACAUUUUUCUGUUUUGGUCUUAUGGUAACUCGAAUGACAUUCGGGGUCCAGCUGUGACACAACGGGUGAUCAAUGUUGUUAAGUCUAUGGGAGGCACGGUUGAUAAAGUGCUUUUGCAGCGAAGAUUUAAGUACUUUCCACAUGUCAGCGAUGAAGAUAUGAAAAAUGGGUUUUAUGAAAGGCUGGAGAGUGAACUUCAAGGCUUUCAGAAUACAUAUUACGUUGGAGGGUUAAUGGCAUUUGAGCUUACGGAGCGAAAUUCAUCAUAUGCCAUGGCUAUGGUCUGUAAACACUUUGGCAAUGAUAAUGAGGUGCCGGUGUUUCCUUAUGCUAAGAGACUGUUUCCUCUUUCUUCCAAUCUCAAGCCUUGUUCUCCCAGAGACCUGGAUGAACUCCCAGGAAUGGAAUUCCCUGAUUUACCCUCCCUAGAAAGUUACUUAAAGUUCUGGGGAACUCAUAAAAUCACUGAAAACAAAACCAUCUACACUUGGAUUAAUGAAGAAGGGCAGGUGAUGAACCAGAGGACCUAUGCUGAGCUUCAUAGCAAUGCAUCUCACAUUGCCCACAACUUAUUGACGGGUUCCAAACCUAUUUUCAAACCAGGCGAUCGAGCUCUUCUUGUCUACCUCCCCGGCUUGGAGUUCGUCGAUGCAUUCUUCGGGUGCAUCCGGGCUAACAUCAUUCCUGUUCCUGUUUUGCCCCCUGAUCCGCUGCAGAGGGGUGGACAAGCUCUCCUCAAGAUCGAGAACAUCUCCAAGGCAUGUGAAGCUGUAGCAAUUCUAUCCACCUCUUCAUACCAUGCAGCUGUUCGCGCCGGCUUCGUCAAGAAUAUUGUUUCCUUAGCAAAGAGCAAUCAGAAAUCUUCGGGUCGUUGGCCUGACCUUCCUUGGAUACACACGGAUUCAUGGAUAAAGAGCUACAAAACUAGUAAGAAUUCUUUAGAGAAUGCAGCUUCAGUUAUUGAACCCCAACCGAAUGACCUGUGCUUUCUUCAGUUCACAUCGGGUUCCACAGGAGACGCGAAGGGCGUGAUGAUUACUCAUGGUGGGCUCGCUCACAAUGUGAAGAUGAUGCGAAAGAGAUACAAGAGUAGCUCGAGGACUAUUCUUGUUAGUUGGCUUCCUCAGUAUCAUGAUAUGGGUUUGAUAGGAGGCCUUUUUACUGCCCUGGUCAGCGGAGGAACAGCCGUUCUCUUCUCCCCCAUGACAUUUAUAAGAAAUCCACUCCUAUGGCUUGAAACAAUGAGCAAGUAUGGUGCAACUCAUAGUGCAGGCCCUAACUUUGCAUUCGAGCUAGUAAUUCGAAGGCUUGAAAAUGAAAAAGGCAUGGCACGAGCCUACGACCUGUCCUCUAUGGUCUUUCUCAUGGUUGCCGCUGAACCGGUGAGGCAGAAAACGCUGAAAAGAUUCAUCGAGAUCUGUCAACCUUUCGGGCUUUCUCAAGAAGUUAUGGCUCCUGGAUAUGGUCUGGCUGAGAACUGUGUAUUUGUUAGCUGUGCUUUUGGAGAAGCCAAACCAGUUUUUGUAGAUUGGCAAGGUAGAGUGUGCUGUGGCUACGUCGAUUCAAAUUCUUUGGAUGUGGAUAUUAGAAUCAUUGACCCAGAGACCCUUAACGAGCAUAAAGAGUGUGGGAAAGAGGGGGAGAUAUGGAUCAGCAGUCCUAGUGCCGGAAUUGGGUACUGGGGGAAUCAAGAACAGAGCCAGAAAACAUUUUACAAUGAGCUUGAGUCCCAUCCUGGCAAGAAAUUCACAAGAACAGGAGAUCUCGGAAGGAUUAUUGAUGGGAAACUUUUUAUUACAGGGAGAAUAAAAGAUCUAAUUAUUGUUGCUGGGAGAAAUAUCUACCCUGCUGAUGUGGAAAAGACCGUAGAAAGUUCAUCAGAGUUUCUACGCCCUGGCGGCUGCGCAGUGAUUGGUGUUGCAGAAGAAGUUCUGAUCUCGAAGGGGAUUUCACUUCCAGAAGCUUCCGAUCAGGUCGGAGUUGUUGUGAUUGCAGAAAUUAAAGAAGGCAAACCAGAUAAUGAGGAGAUUGUUGACCAAAUCAAAACACGGGUUGCAGAGGAACACGGUCUCUCCGUUGCUUCUGUGAAGCUUAUUAAGCCAAGAACCAUGUGCAAGACUACUUCAGGGAAAAUACGAAGAUUUGAGUGCCUUAAACAAUUUACUGAUAAUAGUUUGAGCCUUGCAGAUUCUGGUAAAAGGUCUCUCUUUCGGUCGCUCACUACAGGAACUGCAACGGAGAGAAAGAAAGCAUCUUUGCAGAAAAGUACUAAUCUGUCUCCUUGUCCUCAACCACAUAAUGCCGGAAAAAGCAUGAAGGAAAUUACUGAAUUUCUAAGAGGGUUAGUGUCAGAGCAAACAGGGAUUCCUAUCGAAAAAAUUUCUCCUACUGAAAGCCUGGUUUCUUAUGGAAUUGAUUCAAUCGGGGUGGUAAGAGCAGCUCAGAAGCUGUCAGAUUAUCUUGGCAUUCCAGUUGGAGCUGUGGACAUUUUCACGGCAACUUGUAUAUCAGAUUUAGCAAGCUUUUCAGAGAAUCUGCUUAUGAAGUCUCAAUCACCCUCCUCUGGAUCCCAAUCUUACCAAUUGGAGGUCGGGAACGAAUUUCUUCAAGCAGAGUUCAACACCCCACGAAUUCAAAAAUUGGGUAUUGGGUUCCUCCAAGUUCUCUCUCUUAUCUAUAUUUCUUUCAUCCUUAUUCUCCCUGCUUGCCUCUCGAUUUCUACGUUUCAGAGUUUUCUCUCUCUUGCUCCCAUCAAGGAAACAUCUGUGCUGUUUUACCUUGUUUCUAUGGUUCUAUCGCCUCUUGUUUGGAUCUUGUAUAUCUUCCUAACCUGCCUUUCCAUUUCUUUUUUCGGAAACUCGUUCCUUCAGCCAAAUUAUGUUCUCAUGCCUGAGAUUUCCAUCUGGUCUAUUGACUUUGUGAAGUGGUGGGCGCUAAACAAAGCUCAAGAGUUGGCUGGAAAAGUUCUUGCCGUUCACCUAAGAGGGACAGUGUAUCUGAAUUUCUGGUUUGAGAUGCUUGGAGCACGAAUCGGGCCAUCUGUUUUGAUCGACACUGUCGAUAUCACUGAUCCAUCCUUGGUGUCUGUUGGAGGAGGAUCUGUGAUUGGAGAGGGCGUGUUGAUCCAAAGUCAUGAAGUUAGAAAUCAAGUUGUGAGCUUUCAACCAGUUAAAAUAGGCUGCAAUUCCUCUGUUGGUCCUUACGCAGUAAUGCAGAAAGGAAGUGCAGUUGGAGAUGGCGCUGAGGUCCCACCACUGCAAAAAACCGAGGCAGGGAAGCCUAUAUACAGAUCUGAGAGGGCUGCUAAUAUUCAAAAGGAAGGAACGACAAGUGAAUCCGAAGAGAAAUUGCCCGAAAUGUUAACUUUAAUAUAUCACUUCAUGGGCAUCUAUGCAGUCGGUUAUCUCAGCUCUCUUUCUGCUGCUGUUCUCUAUCUAUUCUACAUACACUUCUCUGGAGCUUCUCCUUCACUUCACCACUUUUCCUUUGUAUGUGUUGCCGGUGCUUUCCAUUGGUUACCUGCCAUCAUCACCACAUAUGCCGUCCUUAUUAAUGAGAUACCAUGUAGUCCAAUACUUACUGCUCUUUUCGUCGCCAUGGCCUAUCUUUCUCAUGGCAUCAUCCUCAGCCUUUUUACUAGCAGUGCAAACCUUCUCCUUGCUCCAAAAAAGGGGAGUGACCAAACCCACAUGACAGCAUGGCUUCUUCGUCAGAUAAAUGUUUCUUGUCACCUCAGAUUUGCAAAGCUCCUCUCUGGAACGGAAGCCUUUUGCAUGUAUCUCCGACUUCUUGGGUCGAAGGUUGGCCGCCAUUGCUCCAUUAGGGCUAUCAGUCCGGUCACCAAUCCGAAACUGAUCUCUAUUGGCGAUGGAGUUCAUCUAGGUGAUUUCAGCCAUAUUGUUACUGGGUUCUAUUCAUCAAAGGGGUUCAUUAGUUCUCCAAUAGAGGUGCAAAAGAACUGUGUAGUUGGAAGUGAGAGCUUGAUUCUACCAAGUUCCGUUCUGCAAAAUGAUGUUAUUCUUGGAGCUCUUUCAAUUGCACCUGUGAACUCUCUUCUCCAAAGGGGUGGCAUCUACAUGGGUUCUCAUACCCCAACAAUGGUUAAGAAUACAUUACAUGCUUCAGAUGAUAGAAUUGAAGAGAUGGACCCAUUAUACAAGAAAAUCCUCGGGAAUCUUGCGGGUAAUCUUGCCAUCACAACCAUGAAAGUUAACUCAAGGUAUUUCCACAGGAUCGGCGUAAGCGGGUGGGGUACCUUAAAGCUGUACAGAGAUAUUCCUGGAUUACCCAAACACAAGGUAUUUGAUUGUGGCAGGUCUUUUCCAGUGGUUAUCCGGCAUAGCAACAGCCUGAGCGCCGAUGAUGAUGCAAGACUCGAUGCACGGGGUGCCGCCCUUCGCAUAUUAUCAGAAGAAGGCGAGAAAGAACCUCUCCUCGAUCUAACCUUGAAGACGGGUGAAGCAUUCUAUGCACGAACAAUUUCCGAUUUUGCCACCUGGUUGGUGUGUGGCCUUCCUGCCAGAGAGCAGCAUGUGAAGCGGGCACCCCACAUUCGCGAUGCUGUGUGGGGCUCUCUAAGGGACACAAAUUCAUAUACCGAGCUCCAUUACUAUUCAAACUUUUGUCGAUUGCUAAGAUUUGAAGAUGGGCAGGAGAUGUAUGUGAAAUUCAAACUUCGCCCACUUGACCCCAAGAUCAGCGAAGAUUCAGGUCGAGUUGUGCCCAAGGGGAUCCUCCCUCCAGAAACCGGCGCGAUACCGCGAGAAGAGGAUGACUGUCGCCCUUUGCUCUUUCUUGCAGAUGAUUUCCGCAAACGGGUAGAUUCAUCUGAGGGUGUCCAUUAUGUUCUACAACUCCAACUCAGGGCAGUUCCGUUAGAUGAGGCUGACAGAGAGGUUGCUCUCGACUGCACUAGACCGUGGGAUGUGACAGAAUUCCCCUACAUGGACAUUGGAGAGAUCACCAUCGAGCAAAAUCUUUCACCAGAGGAGUCGGAGAUGCUGGAGUUCAACCCGUUCCUACGUUGCAAAGAGGUGGACGUCAUUAGGGCGACAUCAAGCUCGCAGAGCGCAUCGAUCGAUCACGGCCGCUCAUUGGUCUACGAGAUAUGCCAGCGCAUAAGGAAUGCCGAACCUCUCCCACUAGCAUGGAGGAGCUUCCUAGAACAAUCCGAUGCUAAGAUUGACCUCUCCGGCUGCCCAAUGGCCACGCCAACAUCGACAAACGAAGUAGGUGAUGAUAAAGUGACGCUAGCGAGAACUUGGUACCAAACCCUUUGGGCUAGUUUCUUCCAGCCUUUGCUCCAGACCUUUCUACCGCACUUUGCCCUUGGUCUAGUGAUCUUCGCGCCGCUUCAUGGGAUUUUCGUCAUGAGAGCCGCAACAAACAUAGCAUGGCAUUGGCUUCUGCCUCUCUUUUGGGUCUCAUCGGGAAUUCUGGCUUCAUUUAUCUGUGUUAUGGCUAAGUGGGUUCUUGUGGGGAGCAAGAGAGAAGGCGAGACAGUAUUAAUAUGGAGCUGGGGUGUGUUCAUGGACACUGUGUGGCAGGCUCUAAGGACUGUGGUUGGAGAUUAUUUCAUGGAGAUGACUUGUGGCUCUUUGCUGUUUACUGUGUGGAUGAGGCUGAUGGGAUCAAAUAUUGAAGUGGACCAAGGAGCUUACGUCGACAGCAUGGAGGCUUUGUUGAACCCUGAGAUGGUGGAGAUUGAGAGGGGCGGAGCUGUUGGGAGGGGAGCCGUCCUUUUCGGGCAUAUUUAUGAAGGGGAAGGGGGUAAUGUGAAAUUUGGCAAGAUCAGGAUUGGGGAAGGUGGGUUUGUUGGGAGUAAAGCCGUGGUCAUGCCCGGGGUGAGGGUGGAGUGCGGUGGCAGCCUCGGGGCGCUUUCCCUAGCCAUGAAAGAAGAGAUAGUGAGGUCUAGAUGAAUAGAAUUAUGAUUGUGAUAAUAGAUAUGUGGUCUUCUGCAGUAGCUAUUAUAUCCUCUCUCUCUCUCUCUCUCUCUCUCUCUAUAUAUAUAUAUAUAUAUAUACAUACACGAGUGAGGUUUGAUGUAAUUGCUCUUCCUUAGUAGUAUGUGCGCCAAGAGUAUGCUUGGCUCGGCUCCCCGAUUGGAGAUGUUUGAAGAAGCUCUUAGAACUUUUUCAUCUCAGUCCUUUCAGGGUUUUGCUGAAGCAGGGCGAAGAAGCUUCUACUUAAAAGCUCUUUUUUGGCUUGUUGAUACAUUUUACAGUCGAUAAAUGUCUCUCUACUGUUUACCAGAUUAAUAAUCAAGGUCUCUGUCCUUCUACUACUCUUGAAUGAAGAAACUAAUCAGUUUGGAAUUCA